UAAAAAAAAAAAAAAACUGAAGGGCCACUCUUUCAAAUUAAUAAAUUCCAAAGGUGUGUACAUUAUUGUACAUAAUAUUCAUUUUAUAAACAUACACAUUUAUAAAAAUAAAAAAUACGUACACCAAAAUUAAUAUUAAUAUGCAAAGAAAAGAGAAGAGAAGAGGAAGGGAAUGUACAAUCAUUCAGUUCUCAUCCUUUAUUAGUCGAUCGAUAGAAGAGGAAUUCCAAUCAUUAUGUAACUCCCCAACUGGCUUAUUAUUACCUAUAUAGCUUAACACUUCAAUAGCUUUCUUUCUUUAUAUAUAUAUAUAUAUAUAAAGUGAUUCUUUGGCAUAUUAUUCCAUCACCUUUUUCAUACACUCCUGCUAUAAAAACAUUUCUCUAAGCCCUUGCUAAUAAUUCUUAACUAUAUAUAAAUCUUAUUCUCUGUUGGUGUACUGAGAUAGUGAUGAUGAUGAUGAUUUGUGUGAGAGAGUUAGAUCUAAGAAAAGAUAGCAUGGCUGUGGAAGAGUUAGAGAGUAAGUGUGAAACAACAGUUUCCAGUACAAACAAAAUGUGUCUCUUCACUCAUCUCUUGGGUGAUCCCAUUUCCAGAAUUCGCCACUCCCCAUCCUUCCUCAUGCUGGUAGCUGAAGUGGGUGUUGAGAAUAAAGAGAUUGUAGGUAUCGUUAGAGGUUGCAUAAAAACUGUUACUACUAGUACAACUACUGAUAAUACUACUCCAAUUUGCACCAAGUUGGCUUACAUUUUGGGCCUAAGAGUCUCCUUUUCUCAUAGGCGAAAAGGUAUUGGGUGUAAAUUAAUUAAAGAAAUGGAAAAUUGGUUCAUAAAAAAUGGGGCAGAAUAUUCGUACAUGGCCACUGAGCUUGAUAACCAACCAUCACUAAACCUCUUCACCCAAAAAUUACACUACACCAAGUUCCGUACGCCUUCCGUAUUGGUCCAACCCGUUUUCGCUCACUCACUCCCGACCUACGCCAACCGAGUCGCCAUCUUCAAACUCACUCCAACCGAAGCUGACUCACUCUACCGCGCCCGAUUCUCCGCCACCGAGUUUUUCCCGACCGACAUUGAUCGAGUUCUCAACAAUAAGCUUCAUCUCGGCACUUACGUCGCCGUGCCGGUAGGGUCUAGCAUGGACGCGUUCUUGUCUGAGCCGCCCGAGUCGUGGGCGGUGGCGAGUGUUUGGAAUAGUCAAGAAGUCUUUAAGUUAGAAAUUAGGGGCGCGUCGCGUUCACGGCGUUUGGCUGCUAAGUUUACGCGCGUGUUGGAUAAGGCUUUGCCGUGGAUGAGGAUACCGUCGGUGCCGGAGGUGUUUAGGCCGUUUGGGAUGGUGUUUUUGUAUGGUUUGGGAGGGGAAGGCCCACGCGCGGAGAGAAUGGUUAGGGCGCUUUGUGGUCACGCGCAUAACAUGGCGAAGGAGUUGAGGUGUGGAGUGGUGGCCACUGAGGUGGCUAGUCAAGAUCCGUUGAGGUUAGCGAUUCCCCACUGGGAUAGCCUAUCGUGCGCCAAUGAUGUAUGGUGCGUAAAAAGGCUGGUCAAGGGUUAUGGGGAUGGGCCUCUUGGGGAUUGGACCAAGUCCAAACCCGGCCUUUCAAUAUUUGUCGAUCCAAGGGAAUUCUAAACUUCAAAGAUAAAUUAUUUAAUUUCUUUCUUGGAUAACUUUUUUUUUUUUUUACAUUUAAAAAUAGAAAAUAGUUCUGAAAAAAGAAAUAGAAAAAAAAAACAUUUGGGUUCUGUAGAUUAUACCAAUGACUUUUGCCCUAUCUUAUUCUUAUGAUAUGUGAUGUAAUUCUCACUCUCCUUUUAUUGACUUGAACGAAAAUAUUCUAUUGUUAUGCAUGAGUAACGUUAUUCA